GCGCAAGCGGCAGUUGGCAGUUGUGCUCUUUUUAUCAUGGAGGCAGCCGGAAAAACUCCACGUUUUCCAUGUUAGUCAACAAAUAAUAACGCACAGGUAAUUAACGGAGACCGAGGAACACGCUGAAGAUGUGGCGAAUACAAAGCUUGGUGGGGAGAGUUUUAAGCCGCUGCCACGGGAACACGUCGUCUUUGCGUCUCUCAAACAGCCACCAUGUCGAGGAUGAAGUCAUCAGCUCGUCAUCGGUGCUCUCGACCAGCCGGUCUCAGAGAGGGGAGGAUCGAGAGCGGAAGAAAAAUGAAAGAACGGCAGAGUUUUGCUCUGCUGGAAUGCCGAGAUACACAGCGCUGGAUGCUGUGAGAUGGGGUGCAGCGGCCAUUCUGUUCAUGCAGAUCUGCAGGAGGAUCCACUCUCGGUUCUCCUCUGUUGGCGAACAGAACCCAGGAACCCCCCGCCUCCCAGAGCCAGGCCACAUCCACAAAUGCACGCACAAGAUCCUCCUGGACAUGCUGUCAGGGCACAACGUGUUGCCCCGUGGAGUGUGUGUGAAUGCAGCGUUAACAAGUCCAGAGCGAAGCAGCAGCAGCAGGGUUUACAAUUACAGCCUUGUCGCUGAUCCGGCACACCACCUCACUGACCAGCAGGGGGAGACAGUCAAGCAUAACACCGCAGAAGCCGUCUCAGACUUUAACGCUCCCCAGACAGCAGCCACUGGAUGUGAGGGACCACAAGGACAGGAGUCGUGCUCGCUGGACGAAGCAGAGCGGAAUCUCAGAGACGUCUCAGGCAGCAGCGUGCCCGUCAUCCUGAACAUCAUCGGUCUGGAGAGUGCUCAAGCAGGCAAUCACAAGGCAGCGUUCGAGUGUUUUCAGGCUUCAGCUCAGCAGAAUUACAGCAAAGCUCAGUUUAAUGUCGGAGUGUGUUAUGAGAUGGGCCGCGGAGUCCGGAAAGACGUGAGCAAGGCUCUGCAGUACUAUAGGUGUGCAGCGUUGGCAGGUCACACACAGGCUCAGUACCGCUGUGCUAAACUCCUUCUGAACAGCAGGGGGCAGCAGAGAGUCACGGACCCAUCCACUGUGACAGAGACCGCCGUCUCUUUUCUGCAGAGCGCUGCUGCUGCCGGACUCACUGAGGCUCAGCUGGAUCUGGGUGUGCUACUCUCUCAGGAUCCAGAUGCUGAUGGAAGAAAAUCAGUUCACUAUUUCAGAAUGGCCGCGGAGAGUGGAGACAGUACUGGUCUGCUGUUUCUCGGUCAGUGCUUCGAGAGAGGCUUCGGAGUUCCUCGCUGUUACACGACUGCAGUGUUUUACUACGAGAAAGCAGCAGCUCAGGGAAACCAGCAAGCCAAGAACAAACUCGACCUGCACAAACGAGAAGUCCUGCGCUCUAUCCGUUCCGCUCCUUGUCUCUCAGGUCUGGAUCGCCUUCCUUUGAGCUCCGUGUUUCCUGCAGCGCCGAGCACAACCCUGCCGACUCAGCCACUUCCUCAUUCACGGAGCACAGGCAGCCUCGUAGCUCCGCCCUGUUUUACUGCUCACAGACUCAAUGCUGACUGCAGAAGUGGGGGCUGGAUUAUAGGGGUGGGAUAACAACACGCACGCACACACGCACUUAAAUCAAGGAUUGACGUUGAGCGCACAUAAAGAAACGCACUCUGACAUUCGCGGAAUGUCCUCAGCCAAUCAGAUUUGCGCGUCACUGUUUCAGGCAUCAUGAGAGAACGAGUCAUGUUUUUAAAAAGCUACAUUAUUUUAUUCUGAGGUUCGUUUUCUCUUCGAGUGUAUCAGGGUCUUGUGAGGCUCUCGACUGUCCGGUUACUUCUGUGUCUGUUUCUUUUUUUCUUUGAUCAGAGAGCUGUUCGAAGAUAAGCGCACAGGUUUGUGCAGCCGACAGCAAUCGUGCUCCAGUGCUGACUUUAAAGGAGAUACGCAGAACCUUUAUUUUUAAAUACGUUUCUCGGUGGAUAGUACACUACCGUUCAAAAGUUUGGGGUCACCCAGACAAUUUUGCGUUUUCCAUGAAAAGUCACACUUUUAUUUACCACCGUAAGUUGUAAAAUGAAUAGAAAAUAUAGUCAAGACAUUUUUCUGGCCAUUUUGAGCAUUUAAUCGACCCCACAAAUGUGAUGCUCCAGAAACUCAAUCUGCUCAAAGGAAGGUCAGUUUUAUAGCUUCUCUAAAGAGCUCAACUGUUUUCAGCUGUGCUAACAUGAUUGUACAAGGGUUUUCUAAUCAUCCAUUAGCCUUCUGAGGCAAUGAGCAAACACAUUGUACCAUUAGAACACUGGAGUGAGAGUUGCUGGAAAUGGGCCUCUAUACACCUAUGGAGAUAUUGCACCAAAAACCAGACAUUUGCAGCUAGAAUAGUCAUUUACCACAUUAGCAAUGUAUAGAGUGGAUUUCUGAUUAGUUUAAAGUGAUCUUCAUUGAAAAGAACAGUGCUUUUCUUUCAAAAAUAAAUAAGGACGUUUCAAAGUGACCCCAAACUUUUGAACGGUAGUGUAUCUCCAUCCUUGACUCUUGUAUGCUGCAUAAAUUGGAAGAAAAAAGAAUAUAUUUUUGAGAGUUAAAAUCGACCGCAAAGUUGGCAUUCGAGCUGCCCCGCUGAGCCAGCCAGCCCUGAGCGCGUGACGUCACAGCGGGAACCGGUUUUAAGGCCGAGGCCUUUGACAGCUAUAGACCAAAGCCAGACUCGGCAGGGAAGAGCGGUUGCAACAGCCUCUUCGUUCGGAUUUAUGGGAGAUUCUUCACAUUCCUCAGACAUUAAACAGGGAUGUGAUUUUUCCGCGAAUUCGCGGAAUUCCGCUUUUUUCACCUCAAAACUUGAAAAAAAAAAUGUUUCCGAUUUUUCCCACAAAUCUACAUUCGUAUCCUAUUCGUUCCGACUUUGUUUGAAAGAUGGCAGCCUCGGAUUUGCAUCUUUACGCCUCGAUCACGGAGGCUGCCAUCUUUCAACUCUUUGUUUGAAGCGAGCGCAUUCAUUGGUUGUUACAGAGUGA